GGGGAAUCAAUUCGUACAGCAUGGCGAUCCGAAAGCUGAAGGCACGAGGCAUCGGCCGGUUCGAACUCUUGAGCUGGCUGAAUGAGUUUCUAGAGACAGACUACACCAAGAUCGAGCACUUGGCCGACGGCAUCGCCUACUGCCAAGUGUUUGACCUGUUGUAUCCUGGCAAAGUGCCGCUCCAGCAAGUGAACUUCCACGCUCAGGUUGAGCCAGAGUACGAGCGCAAUCUCAAACUUCUCCAGCGGGCCCUCGAGACAUGCGGUGUGCACAAGGAAAUGGCCAUCAAGAAACUCGUCCGAGGUGUAUUUCAAGAGCAUUUUGAGUUUCUGCACUGGGUGCACGACUACGUUCACCGCACCUACCCCGACGCCAUGCGCAUUGGCAACGCCUACGCACGACGCGAGCAAAUCUUCCAGAAAUCGGGCGCAGUUCCUGUGAACCUCAACUUGAUCCCCACGUUCAGCAUGCGCAAUGGGCUAUUUCGCCAGAGCGUCAAGGGAGCUUUGCUCCAGCCCGAAAACUACAAAGGCGGCAGCAUGGACCCUGUGGACGCGACAGAAGCCGCGGCACUCGUCGAAGCAGAUGUGGAUAAAGGCUGCCUCGAUGUAGUCGCGCGCUCAUGGACCUAUACAGUCGACGCAUUGCAACGCGCCACACACUUGAUUCGAACUCUCGAGGCGAAACCAACUCCAAUCGCCCCAACAUCCAGCAAGUCAUCGCGAAGACCCAAAACCAAAGCAGGAGGCGUGGAAGCCAAGCACGGACCAGUCGCGGCAUCCAAGAAGAAGCAGCAGCGAACUCUCACGUUGCUUCAGUUGCUGGUACAAUCUCCACGCCAACACAAUCGUUCUCACCGUUGUCCUUGACUAAGAAUGCAUCGUUGGAGGCAGAAUUGCAUGGUCGGAUCAAAGACUUGGUACACAUGGUGUGGCUUCGUGCUUGACCUUGAAUGACAGGAUGCGCUGCAAGCCGAGGUGUCUGUCAUUCUAACUGAGCGCAAGCACUUCUUCGAACUGCUGCGUGAGGUCGAAAUGCUGUGCACAACGCAGACGCAUCACCACGACACCUCCAGCGACUUCACCGAGGUGCUGGCGAUCCUUGCUUCUCCAUUUGACGAACUUCCGGGACCCGAGGAGACUGCUGCAAUGCUGACGAGUUGAAAACUUGCCAUUGAAGACACACAUUCAUUAGAAACCAAGGACACCCGACUAACAUUCAUUAAAACCGACCGGAUAAUGUGUUAGCAGCGCAGUACCAACACUCUC